AAUUGAUAUCACUCAAAAUGACCUUCCAUGGGAAUUUAUGACAGACCGUCUCCCAACCAUUUUAUUUUUUCCUCAUCAGAGGAAGGAACAAAGCGUGAAGUUCCCUGAAGACUUUUCAGUUAACCUACCUAAUCUCCUUAAGUUUAUUUUACAUCACUCAAGUCUUUCUUCAUCAGAGCCCUGUACCAAAGAAUGCCUACAUGAAGAGACAGUUCUACAGCAAGGACACAUCUCUCACUUGGAGAGAGAAAUUCAGAAGUUAAGAUCAGAAAUCAGUGCCCUUCAUCAGGCCCAUGACCAGCUUGAAGCACAGCUUUCUGAAGCUAGGAGAGAGGAACAGAGACUACAACAGCAAAAACACACACUGGAAAAGCAGCACAAGACUCUGCAGCUCCACAGUGAGCAGUUACAGGCCACAUAUGACCAGAAGAAUCAAGAAUUACUAGAAAUGGCUGAAAAGCUUCAAGAACUAGCUGAUGCAUCAGAAAACCUCCUUAAAGAGAAUACUUUACUGAGAAUCCUGGUGGCAUCGAGGGAAGGAAAGCUGCAGAGCAAAGAUGAAAUGAAAGAAUCCCUUCAGCCAGAACAACCGCUCGCUGAAGAUAAUGAUAUAUCAGUUUUGACAGCUACUGCCCUGUUAGAGGAAAAAAAAAUCGAUAAUAUUGAUGCUAUAGAGACAGAGCACAGUAGUAGAAACAGGACAGAAUAAUUGCUUACACGAAGUCCCAUGAUGCAGUAUUGGGUAGGUAUUUUUGCAAAUUUUAUUGAAAUACAUUGUAAAUAAAGACCUUCCCCCAUGUGAUCUAG